AUGUCCAGCAAGUUGAACUUUGGCGAGUACAUCGAAUCCAUAGCGAAAACUGCUGCCAAAAAACUUGGUAUCCUCUCGAGGGCAAGGCAGUACUUCUCCAAUAAGCAAAGGCUGCAGUUAUAUAAAGCACAGAUCCGACCUUGCAUGGAAUACUGCUGCCACCUCUGGGACGGCUCUGCCAAGAAAUAUUUGGCUGCUUUGGAUUCGGUGGAAAGGCGUGCCAGGAGACUAAUCGACAGCCCGACCCUUGUUGAAGCGUCGCUCCAGGAACUUGACCACCGCCGUAAAGUUGCUUCUCUAACGGUUUUCUACAGGCUACACUUCGGAGAAUCUCCACCAAUAGAAAUCCCGAGCAUUCUGAGACGCGUAAACCGCCUUGUAGGCCAUAAACACUUCUACGCCUAA